AUGCCCUUAAGAGGUUUGUCAGACGGGGCAAACUAUGUUCCUGACCCACGCUUCCGCCGCAGCACUGGCCCUAUGAGGUGCCAUCCGAUGAGGGCCACUGUUGGCGCUCAGGACAUGAGCCAUAACACUGGCUGCAGCGCUUUUAGAGUGAUGUCAAGUGUUCCCUACAGCCUGCGGGCGUUGGAACUUGCAGCGGUCGUCAUGCUUAGGGUUCGGUGA